GAAUUAAAUGAGACUCCAAAAAGUACUGAACAGAGCAAUGAAGAACCUCUAUCACUAGCAAACCCUAAGCAGCAAGAACAAAAUAUUACAAAAGAUGAUAUGCAUAUGGCCUUAGAGGAAACUGACCUUAGCUAUCCACAAAACCUUCAGCUUCCAGUUUCAGCAAAAUUAGCUACAACAAAUAACAGCUCAGAUGAACAAAUGCAAGUAACAACCCAAGAAGAUCUUUUACCACAUACAGAAAUGCUACCAAGAGAUGAAUUCACCAUUUAUGGCUAUGGAACACCAUAUCCAUCUGCAAGUCGCAUCCCUAAAGCAGCUUUUUCUUCUAACAAAAAUAAAGAAACAGAUGGCUUUAUUACAGUCAUUAACAAAAAAAACAAGAAAGGAAACAGAACAUCUAAGAAAGACGAAACAAGAUCAUCUCUAUACAAAAAAACUUAUAGAGAAGCAAGCUAUUCCCAAUUCAAGGAAUCCAACAACCUCAUAUAA